UAGUUUACACAGACGACUAGUAGUUCUCGAGCUGAGCAUGGAUGUGUAGUGUUGUGUCGACGAUUACAACAUUUGGAAUGCAAUUUGUGUCUGCGUGUGAACGAAAGUGUCUAGGGAUAUUGCAACUGGAAAACAUCCCGUAUAUACAUAAUGUAUAACAUCCUUCUGCUGUCAUAAUAAGUGGCGGCGCUGGCGUGUCAAGCAGUGGUCGUCUCUCUCCUGAAGUUGUGACGCAUUCCGAAAUCUACAAAAAAUCGGAUCGGGUGAGCUUUUGAGUGGAUGACAUUGGAUCGCGGACGAGAUGAGAGGCAUAUUGAUAUUUAAUCAGCUCAACGAUGUGUUGUUCUCAAAAUGCGACAAAGAUUUCGCGGACCACAUUCGGAGAUUGGCAAGGACACAAGGACUCCUUGAUGAAAAUGAGGAUAUCGGCACAACAGAUUCCACACCUAGUCCCAACGUGAUAAUGCAACUUUUUUCACCCAUCGUCACCUCGCAGCGUGUAAUGACUUCACAAUUUGGUAACUCUUAUACCUCUAUGAAGUGCCAGGAUGGCACCAACAUGGUGUUUGACGAAUACAUUGGCCACACCUUUGUGUACAUUGCAAUGGAGGAUAUGGAACUGAUGAGGCGUACAGCAGGAGUAUGUGUGUCCAUUGUGCGACAUGUCUGUGGUCCAGAUAUUGCAGUAUUAAAGACCAACCGGCAGAGAGCCUGUCUAGUGUCUUCACUACUGGAUGCAUGGUGUCACUUGAGAGGCAGUGAACAGAGUGUGCUGACAGAGGCGGUAGAGCAGCUAUCCGUCAAUUCGGAAGUCGCUUCCUCGAUUCUCAAAGUCUUGCACGAUGCCUGCGACAAGCUCAGAACACAGUCCGAGUUUGCCAAUCUGCAUGUACUGAUUCUCGUAGGUGCCAAGUUCUUGUCACUGUACUCUAGCAAACACGCUCACGAUCUAUGCGCUUCGGAUAUCUUGUUGAUAAUCUUACUGUGCUGGGUGGUGAAUAACAAGCGAAAAGGAAACGAUCGACUAGAGACCAAUGAGUCUAGCGAUGUUUUGCUACCAGAGAGCAAUACUUGUUAUAAAAAUGAAAAGAGCAAGUCAACAUUUGGGGUCAAGUUGGCCAAUCCUACUUCAGAAGAUAUUACGGAUCUCUUCGGAGGCUCCCGAGAAUCUUCCGUUACUGAGGGUCUUUCAUCCUUGACCGACGAUGGUCUCUAUAGCCAAUCAUUGUUGCUCGGCAAUCAGCACGAUCACACGGCUAACGCGGUUCACGUGUUCGAAUUGUCAGACUCUGUUCAUCUGAUAACGAUCGUCGAGUCGACAAACCCAGCCACUUCCUCCGGAUUGUGCGACAGUUUCCGCUAUUUAAAUCUUGCGAGUAAUUUGCAGCUGCAACGGGACCUGGACGAGCUCAAGUCAGCUGUUGAGAACUUGGAUACAGCGAUUAAGAAGCUGUUGGAAGGAAUUAAAAAGAAUCGCUCUAAUAUCGGCAACGACGUAGACAUGUGCCAGAAACGAUUGCAGACUAAGUGGGAUUUCUUAAGACGGAAGUACGGCGAUUUGCUACGCACUCGUGAUCCCGAAAUGGUCUUACAGAUUGAGGCCAACACUUCCGGCUUCGCGGAGACAUUGAGGGAGCUAUUGAGAUUAACUUGUUUUGACAGAAACUUCUUGAAACAAGGCUUGGAUGUUCUCACGACAGUUGGCAGACUCGUCCGGCAAAAACUCAACGAUUUCAACGACUUUCUCAAGGUUAAGGCAUUGAAGAAUUUUACGCUGGGAUCGACAACUUCCCUAACUAUCAACAAGUAUCUCGAGGAAUUUCCGGGCCUGGUACAUUUCAUUUACAUCGACAGGACGACCCACAGACUCGUAGCACCCACAUUGGACUUUACGAGCCCAGAAACCCUCGCCCUCACGACGAAAAAGAUUUGGGACAUGGUCGAGCAAAGUAGAAUGCAUUUGCAAGAGGGCCACCUGUCAGUCAUGUGGAAGGAUACCAUUUUCAAUUAUUCUUACUUCUUGUGGUUCGAGGACAGUUCCGGGUGGUCACCGCCAAAGUGUAAGGUUUAUCUCAAUCAUGUAAUGAAGAAUUUCCCAGUACCCGGUAUAUUGUGUGGAGAUUAUUAUAGGAAAUUAACCGAGACUUGCUUCCCCAAAGUCUCGCCUAGUAAAGUUCGUAUCCACGAGCUGUACUGUGUGCAUCUAGGUCUGGCUACGUCAACCUGCGUUCUAGAACACUCUCGGCGGCUAGCGGCUACCAUCUGGGAGGUUAUCGGAGUGCCGAGCAAUCUUGCCGAUAUAUUCUGAAAUCGGCGUUUGCUUCUCGUAAAUGACUCCUACAUCGAAAAGAACAUUUUUGUAACUUGUAAUCCUCAUCAUAUCUUGGUCUGUAUUAUUGUCGGAAAGUUUAGAAACGCGAAUCGAAAAGAGAAAAAAAAAAGGAACGGGAGCUUUUCUAUAAUUUAUUAAUAUUUUAAAUUGACAUCUUAAGACCCCUGCAGACCUAUUCUGUAAUUUAUUGACGCUUGCAUUAUAACUGUAACGCAAGCGUUAUGCGCGUAGUCGUGCAAAUAUAACACAUAAUACAAUAGCUACGCAACGACGUUCAACGAUAACGAUAUUGUCAUGAAAAGUUAUAGAAUAAGCACAUUGGUCCCGUAACGCAGAAUUCUUGAUUGAUGAUGUUAGAAGCGAGAAAACGACCAAGAGAAAACCCAAUGAUGUUAGAAGCGAGAAAAACCCAAAAAUUUUGCAUGUUAAAACGGCAUUUAUAUGAGAGAACACCUGAGAGAUUGCUUGAACAUACUGCGAAAAUACUUGUAAAAUGCUGCGAAAAUUGUCCUUUUCUCGUGGAGAAUCAUAAAUCAAAUCAUAAACAGCCAUAAUAGAAUUAACGUGAUAUGCAACCUUUCUUUUCAACCAACCAAUUUAUCUACCUACCUAUCUACCUAUCUGUUUAUCUUUCUUUCUCAUGAUUUCGUCACGUUAAUUUUAUGGAUAUUUAUUGACUGCUAGGGAAAAAAAAUAGUUUUCGGAGUACUAUACAAAUAUGCUCAAGCGCGAUUGAAAGUGAUCUUUCAUUCAAAUAUCUUUUUAUUUUUAAAUUUUUAUUCCAACGCGACAAUUUUUGACGUGUCGUUUCCUAUCUUUGAUGUCAUGAUUCUACAUGUGUACUAUGGCGAAUACUCACAGGAGCUUUAAGUUAUGUAUGUACAUAUACAUAUAUAUAUUUUUUUGUUAUGUAUAUUUAUUUAUCAAUAUAAGAUUAUUUUAUGUAUAUUAAGUAAUUUAUAUACUUUUAGACAUGCACUUAAAGUUUUUUCGGAAAUUUUUUUGCUUUUAUGUCUGUGUUCCUAAAUUCUCCGACGGUAAUGGCGUUUUUCGGGACAAGAUCCUUUAUUGUGAAAGAAGAGACUUGUUAGCUGUUGCCUGUAUCCGACUUACGCUCUUGUAAUACUAUAGUUCUUUUCAUUUCACAUGAUCGUAUAUCCAUAUCACUUUUAUAUACUACUUAAUAUAUAAUGUGCAAAUAUUUCAUUUAUCAAACUGCGAAUAUAUUUAGUUUACAUGGUACGAACUGUGAGACGUGAGUCGUAGCGUUUAGUCAAUCAAAUAUUCCAAUAUUUGUCAUAUAUUAGACGAAGAAAUAGUUUGAAGCCUUAUAGACAAUAUGUUAUAGUAUCUUUGCAGAGAUCUCUUAUAUCGCAACUUUGUUUUUCAUUGUAUUUUUUUCUUUUUUAAUACAAUUUCAAAGUAAUAUA